AAAUGCAGUCAAUAUUAAUACCCAGGAAGCUAUAUUUUCAAUAGGCCUCUGUCCACUAAGUCUAAGGGCUGUAAGAAACCGUUGACAUUUUGCAUUUCUGAAAGUGAGAAUGGAGGCUAUGCGGCUGUUAGUAAUAGUUAGCUUCUCCCUCAUUGUAGGGAAGCAAGUUGUCAUGGCAGCACCUGCUGAAGAUUAUAAAUUGGACGAAGACAAAGUCAAGUUUAUUCAAGACGAGAUUGAAAAGAAAAUGCUGCAAAAUGAAGUGGCUAAAGAAAUGCAACUGACUAAACCAAUAACUAAACCAAUAACUAAACCAAUAACUGACGAAGACACUCCCCAUACAAAGAAGUCUUGCUUUGAUGAUGGUAACGGCUCGCUGAAUGAAUGGUCACUGGAGCAUCUAAUCAACACCGUGUCUCCAAACACGUUUGUCCAUGCUCCAGGCGGUGAUCUUUACUAUGCCACAACCGAUUACGGCCGUACCCUCAACACAGACUCAGAUCCACACCGAGUUUUGUUCUCCAGCUCUCUCCGACUUGGCCGUUCCCCUCCUCCGGAAAAAAUCUUGCUUAAUUUCCCACCGUACAUGAACACAUCUCUCUACUUUAUUGGGACAUUCGGAAGCUCUAAUCAUAAACCAGCUAUUGGAAUUCUCGGCAUGUUUGGAAGUGAUGGUUUGAGCAUGACAAUUGAUCGACUGAAGUGCAUUGCAAAGAUGAAGUACUUGGGAUUCAAGCUGAUUCCAUGGAACAUAGACGAUUUCAAGGAGAGUGUAAACGAUGCCUGUGAUGACCGAAUCGAACAAGCUGUCAGUUCCAAUGGCUUUACCGACGAACUUACAAACGUAGAGAAAUUGAUUCAAUUUGUUACAGAAAUGAGCCAAAACCCAAACGUUCAGAAUUGGUGUCUCACUACCCCAACCAUGCUCGCCAAUAUUCAGACGAGCCACGUUAAAGUUAAAAUGCGAUAUUAACUCAAGAAAAUCUCCCAGGGAUUAAUUCAUUAUUAGUGGACACAAAUUGAAGACAUUAUUUUUAGUAGAUUGUGUUAUUGUAGACAAUUUAUAUAAAUUUUACUGCUGAUUCUACUUGGUGUUGGUAUUAAUCAUUAAAUGUGUAACUUUUAUAUCACAUGGUAUUUGUUUGUUAACUUUAUAAGGAAACUCUAGUAUAGUAUAGACUUAGAGAUUGGGCUAGCUAUAUAUAUUGCUGCCAAUCGGAGAGCAAGACAAUUAUCAGAGUAAAGAGCUACCACUAACGAUAUUCAACGACCCGUGAAGACGGACACACACAAAGCACUUACUCGCCCCACUCGAGCAGUAUCACGUUGCAGGGCACAACUUCACUACUGAAGCAAAUCAAACACAAUGGCCAUGUACUUGUGUGUAGUAGUCCUAGUUCUCUGGAUAACAGUGGCACCUGUUGUGAACUGCCAGGCUGAGAUUUGUGCAUCACCAGAUCCCCAUGGUUACUGCACUGAGGGUGGUGUUGACAACUGUGCACCAAAGGAUCGCUUGGUCACCUCGUCAACUGACCAAUGUCGAACCAGUUUCCGAUUUGCACCUGAUCACAAUGAUAUCCUAAUUCCCCUGAGGUGGGAGCUGAUGUUUGACUCUUAUGACUACGAGAGCUUGGUGGGGCCAGUGUUUCUCAGCAGAGAGUUUGAUAAUGAUGGAGAUGUUUCGACAGUGGCUGAUCAGUGGGAGGAUCGAGGUGGUAUCUGUCAGCGCGGUUUGAGAGUGUGUGGCUAUACACUGGGACCUCAAGACAACUGGGUGUUCUCCCCUCACAUCAAAUACCCCCCAGGAAGUACUACCCUUGGUGGGGGUCUGCCAACAGAGAUCUACUUCAAAGCUUCCUUCAGAUUCACUCAGUGUAGUAGUCCCUGUGUGAAUAACUUUGCAGAUCUAUACAGAUAUGACACAAACAGCAUUGCCUCGGAGAGUGUCCGAACAGACAGAAACAAUUACCUCUCCACUCCGUUGUUUGGGACAGGAACAGAGAUGACAACAUCUCAAUUGGAUCAGACAGGGAGCAGUGGGGCUGUUUCAGAUACUAGAACUCUUGCCAUUACUUCUCCCUCCUCCUCGAGAACCAAUGGAUUCCAUUUUGGCAUCAGAGACUCUGGAAAUUGUGGCCAAAUUAACCGAAUCUUCUUCUACUACACACCUUGUAAGAAACGACAAGAUGGACUGGUCAUCUAUCCUGAGCUUGUUCGUGCCCCCAGUGGCUCUCCACCAAACGAGGGCAUGGCUUGUUGUGCUCCCAACUCUCACCCCACCACCUCUCUCACCUUCAGAGCUCUCAGUGCCAUUGAUGGAACUACUGGUGAUGAACGAUGUGAGCGCAACGUAAGGUGUGAGUGUGAUGCUGGGUACAGACUGAUCAUAAAUGCAGAUAGAACACAUCGAUGUGAAGAAUGCCCUUCUGGAACCUAUCGCUCUCUGACUGAUGACCAAGGCAUUUGUCUAGAUUGCCCAAUGAACACAGCAAUGGAUGUGAACGGUGCUGCAAUUUGCAGCUGUUUGGAUGAAUUCUUCAGAGAUGAGCAAACUAACGAAGGCCCUGAAGUGAAGUGUACAAGUGAGUUUAAAGAAAACUCUUGUAUUUCCAUACUGACAGUGUUUAGGCCAGAAUUCCCUUGCUCAACUUCUCCUGGUCCACCCGGCCCUGUUCUCUGCUCUGUGGUUAGUGGCACUUUCAUACGAGUUGAGUGGACCCCUCCCACUUCUCUUGGCGGCAGAACAGACACCUACUACAUUGUAGAGUACCAAGCCAUUAGCAGUAUAGGCAAUUUCAUCGCCAGCCGUCCUGUAUUUGGUACAACAUAUACCAUCUCCCGCCUGGAGUCUAUUACACAGUACAGAGUGGAGGUGUAUUCUGAGAAUGGAGUGUCUGAUCAGGACACAAGGCCGGGCAUUAGAUCAACAAGGAUGAACCAAACAGUUUGUACUACCGGAGAGGGAGUACCUGAGGCUCCAUCUAGUGUACAGGUUGUGGGGAACAUUGUGUUUCUAUGGCAACCACCUUCGAAACCAAAUGGAGUGAUUACUGGAUAUCAGAUCAUCAUCUCAUACACCGAUUCGCUCACUGGUCAGGUUGUCAUGGAAACACCGAUUCCACUGAGUAGGGACACGUUUGUGUAUGACUUGCGAACAGUCAGCUUACCUGAAAACGUGACAGCUACAAUUACGCUGAAUGCCCAGACAGCAGCUGGAUUUGGAGAGCUUAGUGCCCCCCUGUCUUUUGCUUCGAACCCCACAUGUCCUACCACCCCUCCGCCCACAACACCGCCCCCUCCAGUAACCACUCAGUGCCCCACAUGCCCUGAACCCGGCUGCUCAUUUAAUGACGUGGCUCUUUAUGUUGGACUAACGGCAUUGGUCGCGUGUGUGAUUACCGUGGGGAUUUGCUUGCUCGUUUGCUGCCUGUACUACACCUGUCGAAGGUGUUGCUGUACUAAAGAGACAUCAGCAUAUGACACCUCCAAGAAGGCGUACACUAACCCUGUCGAACUCGAUAGCAAGCUUAACUGGACAUAAAUCAUUGACAUAUAAUACGUAUCUCAAUGUGGAAUAACAGGAAAUGUUAGCAUAUUUUAACUUUAAACUUGCAGUUGUUUUUCAUUAUAGCCUUAAAGGCGUGAUGUCAUUGGACACCUCAUUCGUGCAUACCUUUUGCUAUGAUACAUAUACUCUUCUCAUUUGUCAUUUGUACUUCCCACUUUAUAGAAUGUACAAUCAUUUUCUUGA